AUGGAGAGAAAAAUAACAAGCAAACAAGUAUGGAAAAAUUACAGAACUAUUAGUGGUCAUUCAGGAUGGGUACGAUCAGUUGCAGUAGAUCCUAGUAAUACUUGGUUUUGUACAGGAUCAACAGAUCGAACUAUCAAAAUAUGGGAUUUAGCAAGUGGUAGGCUAAAAGUCACGUUAACAGGUCACUAUGAACAAGUAAGAGGCCUUGCUAUUAGCAAUAGAAACUCGUACAUGUUCUCAGCAAGUGAUGAUAAGCAAGUUAAAUGUUGGGACCUGGAAAAAAAUAAGGUAAUUCACUCUUUUAAUGGUCAUUUAAGUGGUGUUUAUUGCUUAGCUCUUCAUCCCACAAUUGAUGUGCUAUUCACAGGGGGUCGAGAUUGUGUAUGUAGGGUUUGGGAUAUUCGAAGCAAAAUGCAAAUUGGUACUCUGUCAGGACAUGAUAACACUGUUAGCUCUGUUUUAACUCGAUCAACGGACCCUCAGGUGUUGACCGGCUCUCAUGAUUCAACUAUAAAGUUGUGGGAUAUUAGAUAUGCUAAGACGAUAACAAUGCUUACUCAUCACAAGAAAUCUGUUCGAGCAAUGGCUCAACAUCCGAAGGAAGAUUAUUCUUUUGCUUCUGCAUCGACUGAUGGUGACAUAAAAAAACUCAACCUUCCAAAAGGGGAAUUUUCGCGUAAUAUGCUUCCGGAACAGAAGACAAUAAUCAACACGAUGGUGGUUAAUGAUGAAGGUGUAAUGGCCACGGGAGGUGACAAUGGGAGUUUGUGGUUUUGGGAUUGGACAAGUGGUUAUAAUUUUCAGCAAACUCGAACUAUGGUUCAACCUGGAUCGUUGGACAGUGAGGCGGGUAUUUAUGCCCUCGCGUUUGAUGUAACUGGCACGAGACUUAUAAGUUGUGAAGUUGACAAGACCAUCAAGAUGUGGAAACAAGAUGAAAUUGCCACACCAGAAGUAUGAUGUAACUAUUUUUUUUAUUACUACUACUUUGUGCGUUAAUGUUAGUACGAACAGUACUUUAGUUUCAGGUUUCAUGCAGUUUGCUUAAUUUCUAGACUAAAGCGAUUCACUUCCAGGUUAUCUUUGUUGCAAUUUUUUUUUUUUAAAAAGGUUGGUUAAUGGUCGUAGUUUUUCUAAUUGAUUUCUGUACUUGUUGAUCUUGAGUGCUUGUCUUUUGUUAUUAACGUUUUUUUUUUUUCAAUCUUAAAGUGAGUAUACUUUAAAAUGUUUUAGGACUAAAGAAAAAAUUAGGUGAUUCUUUAGAUCUGAUUAAGUGACAGCUUCAUGUCUCUGUUAAACUUUAUACUAAUGUGUAUGCUUGUUUUGCUAUUUUGUAUUCCAAGUGCUUUGAAGGUUAUAAUUAUACUUGGUACACUUUCUACAGUGGGUAACAAUUAUUAAAUACAUUGAUUCUCUCGAAAGAUCACAAUUGUCGUGCCAGCAAAAAAAUAUUAAUGAUGAGAAAAGAAUUUGGUUAUGCGACUAAUAUUCUACUAUUCUACCCAAAUCUGAUUUGGAAGAGUUACAAUGCAUAAAAUAAAAAAUAAAAAUAAAAAAUACGGUAAUAACAUUCUCUCUCUCUCUCUUUAUAUAUAUAUAUAUAUAUAUAUGCAAUCUUAACAAGAGAAUUACUAUCAAUAAUAGAGAAAAUAAAUAAUAAAAUCUAUAUUCCACAAAAAUAAAUUCUAGAAAGAAAUAGAAAAAAAGAGAAUUCAAGAAGCCACCAAU